AAACAUGAGUGGAUAUAGUAACUGAUCGCUUAUCCAGAAUCUUGUAUUUGUAUUAAGUUUUAAUAUAUUUGCAAAAAUGUUAAUAGAAAAAAUUUAAAUGUGAUUGGGAGGGGCUAAUAUACAGCUGACGAAUAAAUGCUUUUAUUCAUUCCAUAACCGAACAGUUCCUUUUUAAUUUUCCGACCGAAUAAUGUACGCUUUAACACAAAUUUUGUUAACGCAUUUACUAUUUUCCUAUUUUGUAAUCGGUGGUCCCGAAGAAGAGCAAGGUGUAAAAUAUGCGAACAAGUGCGAAGUUUGCAAAGUUGUUGCCACGGAAUUAGAAGCAAGAUUAGAUGAAACUGGUAAAACGCGAGAUGUGCUCGAGAUUGGUUAUUCGGUCGACGAUGUUUUGCCCAAGAAAAAGAAGGAAUACAAGAAAUCAGAAUUACGUUUAUUAGAAAGUAUGGAGGAUCUUUGCGAACGUAUAUUGGAAUAUAACAUUCACAAGGAACGUUCAGAUAGUACAAGAUUUUCUAAAGGAAUGAGCCAAACCUUCAAAACUCUUCAUGGACUUGUGGACAAAGGUGUCAAGGUGGAACUAGGAAUUCCAUAUGAAUUAUGGGAUAAACCAUCAGUGGAGAUAACAACUUUAAAAUCACAAUGCGAAGAUUUACUGGAAAAUCAUGAGUCUGAUAUUGAAGAGUGGUAUUACAAUUAUCAAAAAGAAAUUCCUUUAAUUAGGUACUUGUGUUCAGAGAGGGCUUUGAAGGGUGGUGAUGAUUCUUGCCUUAAAGAAAAGGGUGAAACUAACAGUGAUACAAAGGAAAAGAAAAAGAAGAACAAAAAGAAGAGUACAAAAACUGAGGAUACAGAAAAAGAGGUUAAAGAAGAAUUAUAAAAG